UUUAGCAAAUGUUUAGUCUGUGCACUGCCAGACUAAAGGGCCGUAAGUCCAAUCCAAAUAUGAGGCGAAAAUCUGGCCAUUAUCGACAUCGACCGGCUUUUCGUUGUAAAGAUAGAAAUCUUUCUACAUCCCUCCCCACCCCUUCGUCGACUAAUCAGAGGGAAACGAAGAAUCCUAAAGAGGAUUUACCAUUUCCUACAACUGUUCUACUGAGCGACCGGUUCAACCACCCUCCAGCAGCCUCUGUGGACUCUGGCCUCUGUUCAACUCCGUUCUAUGUCAGAAAACCACUCCAAAAAGAAAUUAAGGUUUUUACAAAGAAUGAAGAAACAAGAACAUUGUAUGGCUUACCAGACUGGGGUGAGACUGCUGUCAAUGGAAGCCAUCUUUGGGUCACCAGCACGACAUCUGGAGACAUGUGUUACGUUGGAGAAAACGACUGUUCGAAACAAGGCCUUCGAAUGAAGUGUACGGCUUGUAAAAUUUCAGCUCACCUCGGAUGUAUCGGUACCCUUGUUGAUAAGAAGUUCUGCUGCAAGCCAACGUUUAAGGAUGUUGGGGUCAGGCAGUACAGAGAACAAACAGUGAUACAUCACCAUUGGGUUCACCGGCGCAAGCAGAAAGGUCGAUGUAGACAUUGUGGAAAGGCUUUUCAGUCCAAGCUGUCAUUCGGCAACAAGGAGAUUGUUGCUAUUAGCUGUUCCUGGUGUAAAUCAGCCUAUCACAAUAAAGAACCUUGUUUUAACUUGCAUAAACUAGAAGAAGAGUGUACUCUGGGAAUUCAUGCUGACGCCAUCGUCCCUCCAUCUUGGAUAGUCAAACUGCCACGGAAAGGAUCUUUUAAGUCAUCUCUUCGCAGUUCGCCAAAGAAAAUAGGAUCACCAAAGAGAAAACCCAAAAAAGAGAAUGGAAAAGAACCGCCAAGAACGUUCACAAUAAAGCCCAUUCCUUCAGCUGCAUCUAAACCGUUAAUUGUGUUUAUAAACCCUAAAAGCGGAGGAAAACAAGGGAUCAAAUUAAUUCGAAAAUUUCAGUGGUUGCUCAACCCUCGACAAGUAUUUGAUUUAUCUCGGGGAGAUCCAAGUGCUGGACUAGAAUUAUAUAAGAAGGUUCCAAAUCUACGGAUAUUGGCUUGCGGGGGGGACGGAACUGCAGGCUGGGUGCUGUCACUUCUCGAUAACGUAGGCAUAAAUCCUUCUCCUGUUGUUGCAGUAUUACCCCUAGGAACAGGAAACGACCUAGCUCGAAUUCUUGGCUGGGGUGGGGGUUACACCGACGAACCAAUUUCCAAGAUAAUCUCCAACAUUCAAACCGGAGAUAUUGUUCAGCUAGACAGGUGGGAUGUUACGGUUGAGAAAAAUCCUGAUGUUGAUUCAUCGAGUUUGGAAGGGGGUAAAGAGGACUUGCCUCUCAACGUUCUCAACAACUACUUUUCUAUUGGUGUAGAUGCUCACAUAGCUCUGGAGUUCCAUGAGGCGAGAGAAGCUCGGCCCAAUAGGUUCAAUAGCAGACUGAGAAACAAGAUGUUUUAUGGACAGGCCAGUGGAAAAGAUCUACUACAGAGAAAGUGGAAAGAUCUGUGUAAUUAUGUUUCCCUUGAAUGUGAUGGUCAGGAUUUCACACCGAAGUUAAAAGAACUCCGUAUCCACGCUAUUUUGUUUCUCAACGUUCCCAGUUAUGGCGGAGGAACUAGGCCUUGGUUACGUCCUGCAGCAGGUUUUGAACUUCAGAGGACGGAUGAUGGCUUGAUAGAAGUGUUAGGUCUCACUACAUAUCAGCUGCCGCUACUCCAAGCAAGAGGUCACGGUACCUGCAUUGCUCAGUGUCGGCAUGCCCGUGUUAUCACUACCCGUACAAUUCCUAUGCAAGUAGACGGGGAACCCUGCAAGCUACUACCCUCUAUAAUUGAGCUUCGACUCCGGAAUACAGCCAACAUGAUUGCCAAGUCUAAGCGGCGCGAUGAUGGUCAGAACAUGCCAGCGUUAGAAAAGCUAACAACUGAAGUUAGAAAGCUCAACCUUGAAGAAUACGAGUCCUAUCACUACGUCAAAGAACAACUGAAGGAAGCAUCUAUCCAUCUGGGAGAACUGUGCGUGUACCCUGAUACAGAUUUGGAACAAAUACGAACAAGAAUUAAUGCAUUCUUCGAGAACCCAGAAGAGACUUCACCAGGAGAAGGUUCUUUAAGUAGUCAAAGCUCUUGUCCAGAAUGGUGCUUCCUAGAUUCGUGUACGGCAGAAAGAUUUUUUCGAAUUGACCCGGCCCAGGAACAUCUUUACUACAUAGUGGACAUUUGUGCGGACGAGCUCUUUAUUCUUGAUUAUACUGCUACGUCUUCUGUUGACCCUAAUGACCAAGAGAGUGAAGAGUUCCUUGAAAACAAUGUCCAAGCAGUUUCUCCAAGCGGAAGCGAAGAAAUAUCUGGAAGUCCAGACGAAUCUUCGGAGUCCUUUCAGUCUGAUGACCAGGAAGAAAAUGUAUCGGAACACUCUUCAGAAGAUCAUUCGCUUUUCCACACUUGGAGAUGCGAUGAAGAAACUGCGAUAUAGCCAAGGAUAUUACUAUUUCAAGAUUUAAAGUCACAUGUCGGAUAUCCUGAUAACACUACUGAAGAACAAAUACGGAUUAACACUAAAUUAAGAAGUCGUAUCUUAACUUUUUAAUAAUCAGAUAAUUAUAUAUAAAAGAUAUUUUUCAUAAUUCAAGAUCUAGAUAUCUUUUUAUAUGAUAAUAACUAUCAAAGAAAAAAAUACUUGAAACUAUGAGCACCAGUAAUGUAUGUAUAAUUGUGGCACAUUUCGGUAACGCACCCCCCCCCCCCCCACAGCGUUGUAUCUGCGGACUUAGGACACUAGAAACCGGGUUUCGAUACCCGUGGUGGACAGAGCGCAGAUAGUCCAUUGUGUAGCUUUGUGCUUAAUUACAAACAAACAUAAUCAGCUAUGUUUUUUAUCACAAUUAAGCCCCUUUUUUCAUAUUUCUUAUCUUUAUUAAAGGGUCUUAUAAGUAUAAGUGAGUAAGAAUGCAUGUUUAUAUUAUAAAACUUUGUGAUGUUUAAGUUGUCUCUCGUAGAAGAAACAAAUAAAGCUGAAGGAGCUGAUGACUCAAGUUCUGGCCCUGCAUGACCAGGUGGUUAGGGCGCUUGACUCGCAAUUUGAGGGUCGCGGGUUCGA